UUCAUUUCUUUUCUAUACUUUUCCAAAUUUAGGAUUCGCAAUGGCAACUGACACUCCAGAUGGCGCUCCAAAAGAGUCUCUGUAUCUCGUGCCUUCGUUUACCAGCGACAGGUGGAGUGAUGGCAUAUACGAUACGGAAACAUCGAUAGUGUCGCCAUCGUUGGUCAUCAAAGAGGACGAUUUGCUGACUUUCGAUCAGAGAGAAGAACGGGAAACGCGCUCCCUCGUCUUCGAAUACCAAUUCAAGUAUGCCGAGAAAGAGUACGAAUUGUUGAAAAAGGAAUUUAAGAACAUUGAAGCAAAGCUGAGUCGUCAAGGAGCUUCUGCUGCUGAACAUCCUUUUAAAGAACCAAAAGGUGUGAAGAAACCUUCCAAAACACGAGAUCAGAAGAGCUCAUCAGAGUCGGAAACGGAAAAGGAUCAGUCCAUUUCACCCCGAAAGAACACUUCUCGACUUACAAGAUCGAGUAAAAAGCCAUGAUACAUGCGAUUUGAGUGUCGAGUCUAAUCCAGCUGAUAUUCCGAGCUUGUCUUGUUUUUGAUAACGUAUUCCUUAUUUGAGCCUAAUAAACGUGUUAAAGCAGUA